GAUGUAUGAAAACAUUUUGUCACAGCAAGCUUAGAUCUUCGUACCAAACUCGAAUUUUGCGAGCUACCUCAUCCGAGAGACAUCAGGAUAGAAUUCCCUAAUGUCGAUCUGGAGUUGGAUAUACCUUUAGAAAAGAUUGGAAGGUUCUUUUCUGAAGAAGAGAACGUAAAAUUAGAUCAAAUGUGCAUUCUUAAAAACGUGAAAUCCUUAAUUACUGUGAACGGUAUGUGGAAAACAUACGAGCAGAGAUCUAGUUUAAUAAUAUUCUUUUACUUGCUUUAUAUUAUCGCUAUCCAGCAGAAGUUUAAUAUAACACCUUUUCACGUGCGAGUGUUUACGGAAAUACCUAUCGGCGCCGGUCUUGGCGGUUCGACAUCUUUCGUGGUAUGUCUGGCAGCGUGUUUUUUAUACUGGAAGAAUCUACAGUCGAAAAACCCUAUUGAAUUUGGACAUGAUCUUUUUUCGGAGUGCGUUAAAUAUUAUGCUCAAUUUUGCGAGGAAUUUUUGCAAGACUACGAAUGCGCGUCGGUCGAUACCAACGUUUGCAUAUUCGGCAAUAUAAUAAAAGGUCAACUUAUCAAUCACACAGAAAAUCUAGAGUGCAACUAUAUAACAAGAAUGAAGAUAUUGCUGAUCGACUCAAAUAUUCGCCAGAAAAAGUGGACUCGAGCGAAACAAAUGUCAACGUUGAAAGCUGAAACUCCUCUCGAGCUUGAGCCUAUAUUAAAUACGUUAGACAACGUAACAAUACAAAUGUAUAAUUGGCUCCACUUAAUAAACAAUAGACGCAAAGAUCCCAAUUUGGUUAAUUAUUAUCGGCGUAACAAUUCAGUACAGCGAUCCUUCCAACUGAUUCACUUAUUAUUGAAGCAAUAUGAUUUAUCGAAUGAGAUCUUCAAUCGUAUUUGUGAAACUGCAAACAAUAUGGGAUUCGAGGGACUUAUAGGUUUUGGAACUCGAUAUGUAUACAUUUUAAUACCACCGAGCAUUACAAACGACGAAAUCGAGGAAAUAUCGAUGCUGUUAAAAUUUAAAAAUUUUGAUGUUAUAAAUACUAGCAUCAAUUGUGAGGGAAUGAAACUUGACGAAUGAUUCAUCUAAAAUUAUCGAUUAUUAUGUAUAAAUGACUAAUAAUAAGUAUAUUAUGUAUAAAUGACAAAUGACUAAAUGUAAGAAAUAUGUGACAUAAGAUUAUUAACUUAAUCACUACUUAAUCACUUUAUUAAUAGUAGUUUCAAGAA